AGCUGUUAAGGCGAGGAGUCAGUGAUGGACACAGAACAGGCAGUGGCCGAGGGCUGGUGGUCAGGGAUGCCCGUGAGAGGGCGGCCGAGGUCGCCACGCCCACGUUUGGUGCUGAGGAUCGAUUUAAAUCCGAGUCUGUCGACCUUGUCUCUCGUCGGCGACAACAGGGCUGAAAGGCAUGGGGUCCUGCCGCUAUAGCGCACUUCUUCCUUUUGAAACUGCACUUCUGUGGGGAGUGCGGAAAGCCGAAUAUCGACCAAGCGGAUCUCGGAGCUAAAAAAGGCGGAGAUAGGGCGACUGGGGCUUGUGGUCACCGGAGGCGGGACCUGCGAGCCCACCCCAAGGAGCGCGAGGACCCAGCCAACCCUGCACCCGGCAUCCCCGCCAAGGAGGCAGCAGGAUGUAUCUUUCCUGCCUAGAAACCACGGCCACCUGCCCUCGCAGUCGUGCGCGAGGAGGGAGCCGCGAGGCCUCCUGCGCGCAGCCCCGGAGCCGGGCGGAAGGGAAGGGCCCCCAGCUUUCCUCAGGCCACGCCCGUCCCCGCUCUGCGCAUGCGCCUCUGCAUAGCUCAAUGGGGCCUCGGAACCUGCAGAGGGCGACAGAACCCGCGGCGCCUGCCUUUUACGUCACGCUCCGCUUGCGUGCUGAUUCCGGGUCAGAGGUCGGGCGCAGCUUGGGUCAUGGUGCAGCUCAGACCGCGCGCGUCCCGCGCUCCGGUUUCGGCGUCGGCGAUGGUGGACGAGGGCCAGCCCGCCUCGGAGGAGGAGGCGGAGCACGGCCUGUUGCUCGGGCAGCCGAGCAGCGGCGCGGCUGCCGAGCCGCUGGAGGAAGACGAGGAAGGGGACGAUGAGCUUGACGACGAGGCCCCGGAGGAGCUGACUUUCGCCAGCGCUCAGGCGGAAGCGAAAGAAGAGGAGCGGCGAGUUCGCGAGACCGUGCGCAGGGAUAAAACGCUUCUGAAGGAGAAGAGGAAGCGACGCGAGGAGUUGUUCAUCGAACAGAAGAAAAGAAAACUUCUUCCAGAUACUAUUCUAGAGAAGUUAACUACAGCUUCACAAACUAGUGUGAAGAAAUCACCCGCAAAGUUGAAAGAAGUGAAUUUGCAAAAGAAAAAUGAAGAAUGUGAGAAAGGAAGUGACUCAAAGAAAGCUAAAGAAAAAGUGCAAAAAGUACAGACUGUUGGCCAGAAUAAAAGCUACUUGGCUGUAAGGCUGAAAGACCAAGAUUUGAGAGAUUCAAGGCAAGAAGCGGCCAAAGCCUUCAUACAAAAUUGUUUAUAUGGUCCUGGAACCAACAGAACUACUGUAAACAAGUUCCUGUCUCUUGACAACAAGAGGUUACCGGUGAAAAAGGCCGCAGCCCAGUUUUUGAAUAAUGCUUGGGCAUCCCAGAAAAAACAAAAUGCCAAGAGGUUUAAAAGACGUUGGAUGGUCGUAAAGAUGAAAACUUCUAAGAAGUAAAUCAAAGCUAAAUGAAGAACGAGGACUUUGUAUGUACAGAACUUAUAAAUUUUUAGUUUAGAGCAUUUAAUUUUUCUGAAAAGAUUAAUAAAAGACUUACAAAUCA